AUCACCGUUGGCGCGAAUCCUCCGGCACGUUAUCUUCAUCAAGUCGUCGCUUCGCCACACGGCGUGUUGUUACACGGCGGAGUGUAUGACGACAACAGCUACAGCACCGUUCCAUACACAACUUAUUAUGCGGACUUGUGGAAACUGAAUGCUGGAGUAUGGACGCAAGUGUCGACAACCAACGGUGCGGGGGCCUUCCCUCAGAGAUGGGCCCAUGCGGCAGUCUACGACCCGGUCAACGAUGCACUGGUCUUCUACGGCGGGUUG